GUGGAAACGCUGUAUUCGCAUUUCGAACGAAGUGAAAAAAGUGCUUUACAAUCUGGGAUACAUCGACAAAAGCCGAUUUUCUUGUUGUUUCUGUUAAGCAAGCUAGGCUAUCAACGUUUCCUCAAGCAUGGGAUUUCUCAAAGGUGUCUCUUGCAGAAUUCCGUAGUGGUUUUUGCUUAGACCACAUCUAUUGGUGUCGGACAACGGACAGAGCUCGGAUGAAUAACUGUUUGUUUACAGCCCAGGAAUCGAUGUUUGAUUCAUCAUGGACGAAUUUGAAACAAUAAAUCUUGACAGUAGAGAGUGCAAGAUUUGUAAGCAAGAAACUGGAGAAGAACUGAUUUCUUGUAUUUUACACAAUCAGUUUUCUACCGCGGAAAAGAGCAUCAUUUUUUCGACCGACGACAGCGUUUCUUCAAUCGAGGAAGGCGAACCCUCAUUUGCUCAUCGUGUUUGUUUGGAGAGAUGGGACACUGUGAUAAAAAAUACUUACUUUCCUCAGCCAAAGAAAACUUGGAAAGAUCGACUCAAAGGUUUUAUAACCACUGGAUCUGCAAAUAACAAUGUUACAGAAACAUGGACCCCAGUUGAUUAUAAUGUUGGGCCAGCUUCGGACCAACCUAUAUUGGAAUCUACUACAAUGCCAGAAAAGGCAAGAUCGUCCUAUUCUGUUUUUAGCGAGAGCAAAGAAGCUUAUCGAGUCGAAAAUGUGGGGGAAAGAGACACUGAACGUGGCCACUGGCGAAGAAAUAAGAUUCGCAUCUGUUCUGUUGACUCAGAAGAUGAAGUUGAAGAACGUGUUCUGUCGAGCAAAGGAAGAGUUUUUCGUCGCACAAGGACGGAAUGUGAGUACAUAAUAUGCUUUAUUUUUAUGCGUACUAACGCCAGUGAAAAGGCGUGAAAUUAGCAACUUUCACCCAAUUUGGAGUGACAGUUUGUCUUGAAAUUAGCUACUUGUAGCCAAAAUUUAAUAAACACAUUAUGGUAAUGAUUUUAUUAUGAUAUUUGCUACAUUUUGCCAGCACGGCCGUCUUUUUAAUUUGUAUUCCACUCAUCAGAGUCAUUUUUGGGUCGUAUUCCUCGUUCAUCCCAAUCGCAACCUCAUAGUUAGGGUAAGCAAAUCUAACACAGCAGCAAUGAGGCAAGGGUAACAAAAGCAUAACCUCAUAUGGGCCAUGAAUACACUAAUUUUUAUUGUUAUUUGUCAUUCCAUACUACUUUCACAAAUUUUGCUUGUUUACGUUGGUGCCAUAUCAACUGCCUUAGUAACUUAUUAAUAUCAGCAGAUUGGUUUAUACUGGCCCUUUCCUGUAAGUGUUUAAACAUGUAGAUCAUGAAAAUUCAUGACAUUGAUCGGCAUUUUUUAAGGUCUGAAUUUUCUUUCUGCCAUGGCUUCCCCAGAUGUAAGUUUAUCCUUGUGUUAUUUGAUAACUGUAACAAUACAUAACAAUACACUAUCACCAGCAACAGAAUUUUUGAGCUUUUUCACAUCGCAAGGAGUAUCAUUCCCAGCUAGAUCCCCUCCUAGGUGAAAAGAACCUCACAGUCACUUUUGGCACACUGCCUAUUCCACCAUCAGCAUCCAAUUAUUGAAUAAAAUAUUGAUUAUCCUUUUAUACAGUAAAUGUCUGCUUUAGUCCCAAGUAGUUUUAUUGGUAAUGGUAAUAUUAUGUUCAUUAUUAUACAUUGUAGUCACUACCUGUCUUCCCAUUGGCUAAGAGCCUACACCUAAUUUUGGAAAGCAGACAACCUACAGAUUAGUUAGUUAGCUGCUAGCAGGUAACUGACUAAUCUGUAGGUUUUGUGUGCAAUGCAUGACAGCCUCUCUGAUUGGUGUCAUUAUUAUUUCAAGUGAUUCUUAAAACGUUUUUGUCUUUUCAGUGAAUGAGUAUGACAUUGUCAAGUUGAAGGAGACUGUGGAGAAUUUGAAGUUGCAGAUAAAUGGUUAGUGUCAGGAUCUUGCUGGAAAAAAUAAGAGAGAACAAGAGACUUUUUAUAUAUUAAAGCUGAUAUAUCUUACAGCACCCUAAGAGUAGAGCCUCGUUUUGUCUUCUUCUUGAUCAGGCAGGAGAAAGUGAGACUCUGCCUGAAUCACACCAAACCUUUGAAGUCACCGCAGGUCCAAACUUCUGAACCAGUCAGUCUUGUUUUUUGUCAUCCAACUGGUUUUUUUUAGUUGGGAGCAUCUGUUUGUUGAUAAGCCGAUGGUCAUACCCAAGCCUGCGCAGCUAUUUGGCCUGGGUUUGAAAGUGUAUUCUAGCAACAUUCAGCACAUGCUGAAGAGAGAUCCUAUUUGAUUCAUGUUUAGGCUGUUUAGAGUACGCCAAAAUCUAGCAAGUGAAAGGAAGGUUCUGCUGACAUGUUGAUUUUUAAGCUAACCAGUGUUGUUGUUUUUUUUUUGUUUUCACCUAUAAGCAUAAUCAGUGAACAUUUUUAACCUUUAAUGUGAAAAUGAUUAGUAAUUCAGAGAUUCAGAGAUACUAACCCCGGCAUACUUAAAUAUAGACGUUAUUUCUUUUGGAGUAUAUGCCCCCCCACCCACCUCAAUAUAUCAUCCUACUCCACCUCUGAUCCAUACAUACAUACAUACAUACAUGUUUUAUUUACGAAAUUAGUUCAUUAAGUGGUUACGGCUCAGGGCACUUGACAUAGUCUUACAUGAAAUACAAACCAUCACCAGUUGUUUCCAUCUCCCAGUGGGGGGUUGCUCCCUUAUACAAGCUAUCAAGGUAUGCGCCACCCCACUGCGUAGGAUUUUUGCGCCGUUUUGGUCUGAAAACGGGUAUACACUUUGCCCAUUUUGGUCUGGAAUCGAGUAUGGUUUCUGAGGGAACUAUGGGAUCGUAUGAAUGUCUUUAUCGUUUCAAUUCCAGAUGAGUAAGAAAGAAAGAAAAAUAUGCAAAUUCGAAAUGGAUUGGAAGAAUUUUCAGUUUGUUUGCACUCUAAUCUAAGUAAUGAUGACAUAAUUUCUGCCUAAAGGUCAGGCCUGAAAACGGGUAUGGAUUUUAGAGGUCUGGUCUGAAAGCGGGUGUGGAAAACUACAUUUUUUGGUCUGAAAUCGGGUCAGGAUUUGGAGAACCAGGCAGCACACCCCCACCAAGAGUUCUCAGGAGUCCCCCCCCUACCCCUGGGUUGUAUCUUAACCCCUUAUUUUACUUUGUCUCUUUAUUUGUAUUGACAGAUGUUUCCUCAGAUCUUGUCACCCAUCUGCAAGUGAGAGAUGAUCUUCGUUUACAGAAAAAUACCAUGAAAGUUACUGUGGGCAAACUUGUCCAUCUUCAAUCCAACAUCAAAACAUCAAGUGCACAGGAUAGACCCAGGUCUACAAACACUACCAAACACUGUCCAAAUAAUGUUAUUAUUACAUGAUUACAGGUGCACUUCUAGAGCCAGUGGUGGAUCCAGAGGAGGGGCACGCCUCCCCUAUUUUCAGACCAAACUGUCAUGAGGCCCAGAGAACCGACAAAAAUUUUUUGGAGACUGUCCCCCCCCCCGUUCUCUAAGGGUCUAGAUGAUCGCCCCCUCUCCCUUAUCUCAAGGUCUAGAUCUGGCACUGUUCUAACGAUAAUAAUAUAACUUAGAUUAUUUUUUCCUGCAAGACAAAAAUUAAUCUUGUCAGAAGAGAUUUUAAAUCAGAUGCAUACUGCAUCUUGUAAAUCUCAUCUUCAACAUAAAAUGUAAAUACUACAGAAAGUAAGUUGGUUGAGUAUGAGUGUCUGGGUGAACGUAGUCCUGAAUAGGACUGUUGUUGUUGACAGUGACUGAUGUUUCGACAACCUGUGCAGUAGUCAUCUUCAGAGUCAAAAUGAGUUGUAUCAUGACUGAAACAUACAGAUGAAACAUUAAAUCGAUUGGGACUCUGUGACAUGUGUUAUGUAUUCUACAGACUACCAUCAAUGACUCACUUUAGAAAGCUGGUUUACUAACUCAGAACAAACGCCACUGAAUCGUAGUCAACAGUUACCGGCACUGUACAAAUGAAUUAUUCGUGGAAUCACGCAAAACUAACUACAUGUAUGAGAGAACAACUGGGCAACGGACGAUUUGACUGACCAUAAACAACCUUUUAACUGUGACAGUAGACAGAUUGAAAUGCACCAAUGACAACGAGUCUUUGUAGCCAAUAACAUCACAGCUUAACUGAUAGAUGACCAAUAAUAUCUCGACUUAACUGACCAAUCAGGUCAAUAACCAAAGUUUAAUACCAUCAACUGACAGGGUACAACUCACUUGGACUCUGAAGAUGACUACCACACAGGUUGUAGAAAAGCCAGUCACUGUCAACAACAGUCCUAUUCAGGACUAUGUUCACGGCAGACGAUCAUACUCAACCUACUUAUGAAAUGACUCCUGGGUUCAAACCUUUCACACGGCAUAAAGUGUGAGAAAGAAAAAUGGCACUUAUGGUAAAGGCAAUGUUCUACUCUAGCAGCUUAUAUAAGAGUCUCUGUUACAUAGCAGUGACUGAAAUGAUUUAUCUUUGGUUUAUUGAAAGACCUUAAAAAACUGAAUAUGCAUCAAUUAUUGAACAUGAUAGCAAUGUUAAAAAGAUGCAUACUUUUCGCCCCAUUUUGAGAUAAGCAUUUUUAAGGUUUCCUUGUAGAGUCCAUGCUUCCUGAAACAGAACACUUUGUGGCUGUAAAGAUGUAAGAUAAGAGGUUUUUGCAGAGUAUCUUUUUAAAAUUUCAAUGACAUAAAAAAAAAACUGUUUGAGAGUUGUACCUAAUGUUUUGGCAAAAGUGAUGUAGUAUCAAAGCAAGGAGGAUCAAAUCAAGCAAGGGAUUACAUUGUUAUUGUACAGUUGAAAUAGUUAUAUCGUUAAUUAUGUGAAUACGAUAGAGGCUAUUUCUUAAAGUGCUUAUUGCAAAUUUAUCAAAUCUCUACUUUUAAUAUAUUUUAACGUCUACUUUUAAUAUAUUUUCACUUAAAGCUGGU